AGUUCGCCAUCUCCAUGCAUCCCUUGCGCUGCAGCUCUGCCCUCCACCACAAUUUUGCAUCACGCAUUUCAUCAGAUAUUUUCCACGCGCUGCAGUUCUCUCAAUUUGGUCACACUCUCGCAUCGAUUGUCUCAGAGAGCAGUAUCGCUGUUGUAUUUGGUGACCUGAGUGAGUGAGUGCCGGGUUUUGGAGCCCCUGUAGCGUGUUUCAGCAAUGGCGUCCCUUACACUGGCGUCUCCCAUGGCUGGAGUAGUGUUGGCUGCGCCUGCUGUCUCUAUUUUCAAGGGAUCGUUCUCCACUUUCUCCACCGUGAGGAUCGCCCCCGUCAAGGUGAACAGGUGCCUCUCCGUCGUCGCCAUGGCUACUCCCCAGAACCGUGAGGAUGUUAAGGAUAAGAUUCCCAGCGCCAUUGCUGAAGCUCAGCUGACCUGUGAAGAGGACCCCAAUUCUGCUCCAUGCGCUGUAGCGUGGGACAAUGUCGAGGAGCUGACUGCUGAAGCCGCGCACCAGCGCGACCGCGAGAAAUCAUCGGGUGAUCCCCUCGAGAAAUACUGCGCAGAUAACCCCGAGACCGACGAAUGCCGAACAUAUGAAGAUUAGGACAUAUUUAAUUGUAUUAUGUGGGUAUUUUAUGUGCAAAUUUGCAAGGGGCGGAGCAGAAAUAGUCUUUUUCUAGGCUUUACACCACAUGCAGUUGCUGCCGCUGUACAAAAAAAUUGAAAUUCUCUGGAAAUUUUUGCUGGAAUGUAAGUUUACUCGAUACUUGUAGUUCACUGCGACUGCGUAUAUGAUUUCAACCUUGUCUCUUUGUUUUGAUACAUGCACCUCCCCGAAGAAGUGAAGUAAACGCUGUUCAACGUU